CACAUUGAGAAGCAAUGAGGAAGUUAUUUCCCGACCGAGCACAUGUUAUCAAUUGAAAAUAUAACCUAUAUUCAUUUUGACUGUAGAAGGUCGUAUGGAUUUUUAUACACUGGUAAAAUAAAGCCGUUUUAGGAGAAUAAGAACUCAUAAGAGACAUUUGCUUCAACAAUGAACAAAGAAUCAAGUGAAGAUUUUGAGGUUUUCUGUCAGCCAUGUGACCAAGGCGACAUUAGAUUCCCUGCCUAUGGCUAUUGCACUGACUGCGAGGAACACCUAUGUGAAUCAUGCUUUAACACGCACAAAAGGCCUAAACCCUUAAGACACCAUAGGCUUUUGGAUAAAGAUAGUAUGCCGAAAUCUCUGAAACGUACAGUAACAAAGUCUCAUGCAACUGCACAGUCUCUUACAAAGCCUUGCCUGACACACAUCCAAGAAACUAUCAAGUUCUACUGUGACGACCACGAAGCCCUUCUUUGUAGUGUUUGUGUGACCCUGGAACAUCCAACCUCUCUAUGCAGUGUCAAAUAUAUACCAGAUAUUUCAGGACAGUUCGUGAACAGCAGGGAAUACAAAGAUAUUAUCGAAUGUAUGCAUAGCAUUGCAGAACAAUGUGAGCAAAUAACAGCUGACCUAAAGCAAAUGAUCGUCAAAUCUAACGACUCUUUGUCAGAUGUCAUUUCAGAAAUAAAGACGUCCAGACGUGUAAUUAACAAGAGGUUGGAUGAACUACAGAAAAUAGCUGAAGAGUCUGCAAAUGCUCUGAAAACAGAGAAUAUCGCAAUACUGAAAUCAUCAGAAACAACUUGUGAAGACAUUACCAGAGUCUUGAAGGCAUCAUCUGACUCACUCAAACAACUGAACACGUCGAAAGAAGCAGACAUGCUUUUCAUAGACAUGAAAUCGGCUAUGAAAGUCAUCAAUGAGAAUGAAACAUUAAUUUCUCAACUUGAGCAAACUACUAGUAAUGUAAAAGAGUAUCACUUCAAACCUAAUAAAGCAAUUUUAACAUUCGUUGAAAAGGUGGGCGACAUGGGUACAUUAACAGAAAUUGAUAUAAAGUGGAUUCAUUCACAUAAAGGAGCAAUUAAUGUAAAAACAGCAGAAGAUGAGGAAAUGUGCUGGAUUACUGGCAUGGUCCUUCUUAACCCAUCGAGACUAAUUAUCACAGAUAAUCGGAAUUAUGCAAUCAAACUGGUAAACAUCGACAGAAAAAUUAUAAUUUCUCAAUUACAAUUAGAUACCCAACUCUGGGAUAUCACCUCCAUCAAUAAAGACCAAGUUGCUGUCACACUGCCAGACCAGCAAUUAAUCAAGUUUGUAUCAAUGUCUUCUGACAAACUCAUAGAAGAACACAAACUGAAAGUUGAUGGAGACUGCUAUGGUUUAUACUGCUACCAGGAAAAGCUAAUAGUGUCAUUUCAAAAUUGUGCAAAACUGGAAAUUCUAGACUUAAAGGGAUCAACACUCGUGUCAGUAGCAAAAUUUUACGAUGAAAACAUUUUCAACUCCCCCGAUUAUGUCAAAGCAAAUAGCAGCUCUAUCUAUGUAUCUGAUUCGGGGGAGGAAGAAGUAAUAGAACUAAACUGGAAUGGUGAAGUAGUAGGGCGUUAUCAAAGUUUCGGUUAUCCACAGGGACUUGAUUUUUUAGAGAAUGGGUCCAUUUGUGUUAGUGAUUCGAAAGAGGAGAGAUGCAACGUGCAAUGUAUCUCACACGAUUGUCGUGAAGGUGAAAUUGUGCUUAAGAAAAACUCGUUUACCCUCAUGCAGUCUGUUGGUGUGAAACAAAUCGUUUGUUGUAUAUUUCUUCAAGCAGUGUUGAUGAAAGUCAUGCCGAUUUUAUUCAAAUCUUCCAACUUGACUAUGUAAGACAGUCGUACAGUUAAAAGAAGUGAAUAGCAUUGAAUGUUCCGGAUGUUUGAGCAAGAUCUUUUCAUUAAGUAAUAAACCCUCUUGCAACUAACAUGCUAUGCUUGUUUGAACGUCCCCGAGAUGUCUCUGAAUUAACAAGUUUUGACUCCGUUAUGUUUUACUUUCUGGUCAUUGAGAGCACUCAAUUUCAUUCUAAAGCCGGAACGAGGGAGUGUGAGGAGUGGUGCACAUUUUAUUACCUCUCAUGAACAGAUCAUGCUAUUAUUUUGAUUGAAUGCGUUCUAUGCUUUCAAACAUUUUAUUUACUGGUUCAUACUUUGUGAUCGAGUUCAGACUAAUAAUUUGACAGACUGAGAUUUCAUACGUGUACGGGCAAGUGUAUGUACAAGAUAUUUAAGAAGGUUAUAAAUAUGCCCUAGUUUUUAGCUCGUCUGAUUUAAAAAAAAAAUCUACGAGGUAUUUGUCGUCACUUGAUCGUCGGCGUCGGUUAAAUUUUUUGUUUGCGUCCAUCUUUUCUCAAAAACUGUAUGAGGUACAGCUUUGAGACUUUGCACACUUGUUUAUCAUCAUAACUUUACUAGAUAGGAUAAGAACCAUAACUCUGAUAUGCGUUUUGUCAGCUUUAUGACCCUUUUUGUACUUUUUCUUGGUUAAUAUUUUUCUAAACAACUAUAAGAGCUAUAGCUUUGAAACUUUGCACAUUUGUUUAUCAUCAUUAGACUAGUCAGUUUACUAAGAACCAUAACUCUAACCUGUAUUUUAUUAGAAUUAUGGCCCUUUUUGUACUUAGAAAAUCAGUAAUUCUUGGUUGUUUUUAUUCAAGUUCACUUUUCUUGAAUACUUACCAUAGGUUUGAAUAAAAAUGCCAAGAACUAUAACUCUUUUCUUCCAUAUUGACCAGAACUUGCAGAUAAGCGAUGGCACUCACCGGCGGUGCUCUUGUUCUAUAUUGACCAUAUUUCACUCUUACAUUCUUAAAUUUUUACAGACAAGAUGAAAUACAUGUAUAUGCCAGUUAAUCCCGGAAGUAUUAAUCACAUAGAUUUUUCAUUUAUAAGUAUGAACUUUUUUACGAAUGUACAGGUUACAUGUAUAUUUAUUAAUAAAUCGCUUUGUAUACAUACUAGUAGCCAUCUGUUGCCAAUCUUAUCUUUGCCUUACCAUAACAAUAACUGUUUUCAGUGCAUGUAUACAUAAUUAAAUGUUUUAAAAUAUUGCUCCAUGUAUGUGCAAGAGGUAUGAUAUGUCU